AUGGAAGAUGAUCAAGCAAAGCAAAAUUCUCCUAUCAUAUCCCACCAAGGCAUUAAACAAGGAGAUGCAAUCAACAUCAAUUUCGCCCACCACGUUAUCAAGGCUGAACAUGAGUUAGGCUUCUGGAAUGCCGUGCGACAAUACCCCUUGGCCGUCUUCUGGUCGAUGUUUUUCUGUAUAGCCGUCAUCACGGCCGGUUUCGACGCCCAAAUAAUCAACUCCUUCUACGCUCUCCCGGCCUUUCAGACUCACUAUGGAUAUCUGCACGAAGAAUCCUACAUUAUCCCUGCGCGAUGGCAGACGGCCUUGGGAAUGGGCAAUCCGAUCGGUCAGAUUCUUGGAGCCAUGGCGUGCGGUUGGCCUCUGGAAAAGUUCGGCCGCAAGCUGACCCUGGCAGCUUGCUGUGUCUGGUCCAUUUCUUUUAUUUUCCUGCAAUUCUUUUCGACGUCUCUCAGCUCCCUGUGCGCGGGUGAGAUCCUCGGAGGUCUUUCCUAUGGUUUCUUCGUCGUCAUUGCUCCCACCUAUGCCUCGGAGAUCUGUCCUUUGGCCCUCCGUGGAGUCCUCACGGCCUCCGUCAACCUGGCCUUCGUCAUUGGGCAGUUCGUGGCGCAAGGCUGUGCAGCAGGGAUGGAGAGUAGAUUAGAUGAAUGGGCGUACAAGAUUCCCUUUGCCAUCCAAUGGGUUUGGCCGACGGUGCUCCUUGUCGGUCUCCCAUUUGCCCCAGAGAGCCCAUACUGGCUUAUUCGACAGGACAGAAACGAUGAUGCCAGAGCCGCGCUCCUACAUCUGUCCUCGCGCAAGAACCGUCCCGAUAUCGAAGGCAUGUUGGUGAUGAUUGAAGAGACCGAUAUGCUCGAGCGGGAGAUUGAAGCUAAUACCUCGUAUGCGGAUUGCUUCCGGGGCGUGAAUCUCCGACGCACGGAGAUCUCCGUCAUGGUAUAUGUGAUUCAGAUCAUUGGGGGCAAUCCACUUAUUGGGUAUUCGACCUAUUUCUUCGAGAGAGCCGGCCUUGAGUCCUCGGAUGCCUUUAACAUGGGUGUUGGUAACACAGCAUUGGGUUUCGUCGGGACAUGUAUUUCCUGGCCAUUGAUGUCCUACUUCGGCCGUCGUGCCAUCUACAACACCGGAAUGCUGGUCCUGACCCUGAUUCUGUUCGUCAUCGGCUUCCUCGACAUCGGGCGUGAUAUCUCCGGGGCCGUCUGGGCACAAGCAUCCUUGAUGGACAUCUGGACCUUCUUGUACCAGAUGACCGUGGGACCCAUCUGCUUCGUGAUCAUGGCCGAGAUCUCAUCGACCCGGCUUCGUGGCCGGACCAUUGCCAUCGCGACGGCCAUUCAGGCGAUGGCCAACAUUGUCUUCACCGUGGCCAUGCCCUAUAUGCUGAACAGUGACGAGGCCAACUGGCGCGGCAAGACGGGGUUCCUGUUCGGGGGCAUCAGCCUGGUCUGCUGCUUUUGGUGUUGGUGGCGCAUUCCCGAGAGUCGGGGACGGACUUUUGAGGAGUUGGAUAUCUUGUUCGAUCGGAAGGUGCCGGCACGCGAGUUUGCUAAAUAUAAUCUUCUCCGGCCGAGGGAGGACGUUUAA